GGCAGCGCGAAAAGAAGCUUCACUGUUGACAAAACUUUGUCUGAAGCGGUUAGGAUUUUAUUUUCAUGUGUACGACAUUUGUGUCUUAACGCUAUAUAACGUGAUUUACGUCUUAAUUCGCACAACAAGGAUAUUUCUGUUUACUGUUACUUCACGAGUGUGACUUAUUUAACUGACAUUAGCUUAGCCGGAAGUUAAAAUAUUGAGAUACUGUAACAUUAACGUUACAUUUGCUUUUUAUUUACCCGUUAUCGUUAGCUUAGCUUGCUAACGUUAGCCGUUAUGAAGCCCGUAAGAGGCUCUAACCGAGCCGCAUCUAAAACACCUAAUGUUAAAUUGAAAACCAAGAAAAAAAGAGAGCAGAGGACGGACAAACAAGCAACAGAGCAUCAGGAGCCGGGGCCCAGUGAAAAUAACCACGAGACCAAGAGCACCCACACAAAACCAGCAAAGAAGAGGAAAGGCUCAUCUUCAGUCCCUAUUAAGGUCAAAGGUCAGGACAAGUGGGAGCUGAUGCCACGAUCCUCCAUCGUUGCUCUGGAGAACACGAUGGACUUGUCAAUACUAGCAACUCUUGCUUUGAUGCGGAAAGAGAAGAAAGAGAGCCAGGAACAUCUGAACCUAAUGAAAACCAGGUUCCUUGCUCAGUGUGCAGAGCUCAAAGUUCCAGUGCAGAAACAGAAAGAUUUCGAGCAAUCAUCUCAGCGUCACCAGGAGGAGGCCAAGAAGUCAGUGGUUGGAAAGACGAAUCUGAGCACUCUGGAGAAAGACUUGAGGGCUGUGGUCCGUGCUCUGGAGAGGACAGACGAGCAGGCUGUCUCCUUACAGCACGCUUGCAGUACGCUGAGAGACCAAGUGGAGGAGGAGGAGGAGAAAGCUAAAGAGAUCUUACAGAUAGCCGAACAAGCAAGUCUCAACCUUCCCCCUCUACCUCCACGUAAAGAUGAAACAACAUUAGAGGCUCGAUUGAUAAAAAUUAUACCAGACAGCGACUCUGAGACCACUGCCUUGAAACUGGGGGAAAUCCUGCAGAAAUCAGAGAUCAACCACAACGCCCAGGCGCUGCUUCUGCAGGCACAAAAUCUUGCCGAUCAGCUUUUCAACCCCGGCUUCACUGUGAACAGUGGUGCACCAUCUCUGCUUUCACAAGUUUGAAAUCUUCUUUUCAAAGGACAUUAAGAGAUGCCUGUACUAACUCAACCCUAAACAAAAAAAAAAUUGCAGCCGUUAUGUGUAGAAUUAAUAAAUUUCAAACUUUUGCGGCACCUGUAGCAGCACUAAAAAAGGAAAGACACUGGGGCAGGCAGCAGUUUAAGCAGCAGUUAUUAAAAGAAAAGUUUAAACCAUCAUAUACAGAGAUAAGACAGAAUUUUUUUGUUGGCAUUUCAUCUUUAUUCCAAAGCUGAUAGUAUAGAUACAGAUAGGAAAGGAAAGGUAGAGAGUAAGAGGUAUAACAUGCAACAAAGGUCUGCACUGCAGCCAGAAUGGACUUAUUUAUGGACGUUGUGGUUAUGUGCCUUGGUCAGUCAACUCUUAUCUCCUGCCUUCAGUUUAUUACAGUAUUCAGUUUCAUACGAAAACUAUAAUUAAAUUUACUGGUGCUCUGUAGUUGCAUUUGGCAGUGAGAUGGAGAGUUCAGAUAUCCAACUUCUCUGUUAUCGUUUGAGCCUAAAUACCAAAACACAAACUCAUUCAGUAAGUUAAUGCUUCACUUGUAAUACUGUACUUACAAAUAAAAACCAAGCAGUUGUUCAUAA